CUAAAGAUUAUCUUUCCCAGAAUCAUCCCAUGUGGCGAUAUUCACUAGGGAUAUCGGUCAGUUGUAUAGAAUUUCAACAAAUAUUUAAUCCUGAGAUACUUAACUUAUCAGCAAUCUCUCUUUGCCGCAAUAGGAAAUGGUGGCCUCAACCAUCUUGCCUAGAAUUUAACUUCACAUUUCGUACAAGCAUUAGUUGCAUCGAGAUUGUCAUCGGCAUAGCUGGCUAUUCUGGUAUUUUACCUUCUUCUGGCAUUGGAUCAUCUGUCAGAAAAGGCAUACGGGGUAUCCCAUGGCUGGGUAAAAGCACUGGGCCUUUUUCAAUCACACAUGGGAAAUUGGUGUCUUUUAUCAUAGGCCGACAACUCUUUUCAGAUGCUUAUUCCCAGGUAUUGUACACAGUUGAUUAUUGGUUCCGGUUUUGUUAAUCUUUAAUCUUAAUACCAAUGCAAUGUGCUAAACCCACAUAGACUGCAGUUUUCUAAGGGUGGUAAGAAACCCCACGAUUUCGAUCCCCCCGGUGACGGUUCCUUGUAAUUUGCGUGGAUGAGCCUUCGAGCAGCCGUCAAGGACGCUCGACCACCGAGACACUGGAAAUGAUGUAGUGGUAUCAUUUGUAUCUCAAAUGUCCUGUUUAACUACCAAUUGCGUUGAGUCAUAUAGUUACGAUGUGUGAAUCCC